CCGGCCAGUCGGGGGGACGCGAUGCUGCUGUGCCUGCUGCUGGCCUGGGCGGCUGCGGUGCCCGCCCGGGGCCAGGCCCCCUGGGCCACCGAACCCCGCGCCACCUGCGGCCCGGGCAGCUGCUACGCCCUCUUUCCCCGGCGCCGCACCUUCCUGGAAGCCUGGCGGGCCUGCCGCGAGCUGGGGGGCGACCUGGCCACCCCGCGGACCCCGGAGGAGGCGCAUCGCGUGGCCAGCCUGGUGGGCAGCGGCCCGGCCGACAGGCUGCUGUGGAUUGGGCUGCAGCGGCCGGCGCGGCAGUGCCAACCACAGCGGCCGCUGCGAGGCUUCACGUGGACCACCGGGGACCAGGACACCGCCUUCACCAACUGGGCGCAGCCGGCCAGCAGCGGGCCCUGCCCGGCCCAGCGCUGCGCCGCCCUGGAGGCCGGAGGCGAGCACCGCUGGCUGGAGGGCUCCUGCACGCUGGCCGUGGACGGCUACCUGUGCCAGUUCGGCUUCGAGGGCGCCUGCCCAGCCCUGGCCGAGGAGGAGGGCCAGGCGGGUCCCGCCGUCUACACCACGCCCUUCCACCUGGUCUCCACCGCCUGGGAGUGGCUGCCCUUCGGCUCGGUGGCCGCGGUGCCCUGCCGCGCGGGCGGGGAGACCUCGCUCCUCUGCAUGAAGCUGCCCGAGGGCGGCGUGGUCUGGUCCCAGGCGGGGCCGCUGUGCCCGCCCACCAGCUGCGACCUGGACAACGGUGGCUGCGAGCACGAGUGCGUGGAGGAGCUGGAUGCAGGCGUGUCCUGCCGCUGCCCCGAGGGCUCCCGGCUGGCCGCCGACGGGCGCCACUGCGAGGACCCCUGCGCCCAGGCGCCCUGCGAGCACCAGUGCGAGCUGGACGGGCCCCGCGGCUACCGCUGCCACUGCCGCCUGGGCUUCCGGCCGGCCGAGGACGAGCCGCACCGCUGCGUGGACACGGACGAGUGUCAGAUCCCCGGCGUGUGCCAGCAGAUGUGCGUCAACUACAUCGGCGGCUUCGAGUGCUACUGCGCCGACGGCCUGGAGCUCAUGGAUGACGGGGUCAGCUGCAGCCCUGUGGGCCACCGGAGCUCACCCACCUCCCAGGUGCUGGACGAGGACGACGAGGACGACGAAGACGAUGAGGACGAGGAGGAGGAGGAGGAGGAGGAGGACAAGGAUGACGAGGACGACGAGGACAUACCCUGGGACUUCUUCUCGCAGGUCUGGACAGAGGAUCCUGAGGCCCCGUGGAUGGUGGCCUCACCGUCGGCGGACUUUGGGGCGGCCUACAACCCCAACUUCCCUGAGGACAGCGGGCCCCUGCUGUUGCACCCGGAGCCUACCCGCCCCCUCCCACCCAGGGGCCCCUAUCACUCCUCGGUGCUCUCCGUCACCCGCCCACCCCUGCCCCCGGCCCCCCAUUACCCCAGGGUCCCUGCCCGGUCCCCGGCUCUGCCUUCUGCCCGGCAACCCCUGACUGUUUCUGCCACGGGUGCCCCCUGGCCCCCUGCUCGUCAGAACCCCAGGACCCCGCCCGUGGUGGUGCCCCCCGGCCCCCUCAUCCCUCUCUUCCCCACCAGCACCCCACACCAGCCCUCUGGCCCCCGAACAUCUCCACCCCUCAUCUCCACCGAACAUCUGGGACUGGCCCCCUCCCGUCCAUCUCCCCCAUUUCCAGCCCUCCGUGUCCCUGACACCCCACACUCGGCUCAUGCGUCUCCCAUCCCAACUACCCGCGUCCCUCUGGCCAACGCCUCCACUGACCCCCGCACCCCUGGCACCUCAAGCUCCCUGCUCUUCCAAGCCGCCACCACCCACUUCCCCCGGACCCCAACUGCCCCACCCCUGCCCACCACUACCUCCAAGGCCCCGGGGGCCCCUGCCCACCACAGGCCCCCGCACCCAGACCCCCACACUCCCCGGUGGUCUCAGAGCUCCAGCCAACAGACGUCACUGCCCAGUGCUCCAGACCCCCAUUCCGAAGUCGAGCCAGUCCCAAGGGAAGGGACCCCUGACCCCCCGCUGGCCCCGAGGCUGACGUCAGCAGCCCCCACGGCCCUCGGGGAGGCCAGUCUGGCUGGCCGCAGCCGGAGGGAUGACCGCUGGCUGCUGGUGGCCCUCCUGGUGCCAACGUGCGUCUUCCUGGUGGUCCUGCUCGCGCUGGGCAUUGUGUACUGCACCCGCUGCGGCCCCCAUGCCCCCAACAAGCGUGUCACCAACUGCUACCGCUGGGUGACCCAGACGGGCAGCAAGGGCCCCUCGGAACCUGUGGCCCCCCGGAGCAGCCUCAGUGGGGUGCAGACCUGCAGAACCAGUGUGUGAUGGGGCGCCG